GCCCAAGUCGCCUCGAAUUAUAUUUUGUAUUUCACUGCCAUGACAGUUACUAUUUAAUAAACUAUUUUUUUUUCGUAAUUAUUUAAAACUUUUACACAAAAACGUUCUUUGCUAUUCGGAAAAUAUUUAGUGACAAUAAUUUUCUCUGUACUUUGAAUAAAAAUUAAAUUAGUUUGUGUCAACUUUUUCGAUGCUUGGAAUUGGCGUUCGUUGUCAUUAAAAAGUUUUACACUGAUAGAAGGAUUUGUUUAGGAGUAAUAAAUUGAUUUAUUAAAUUUUUCUCAACUGACUUUUUUGGAUUUAACAAAUAUUUAAAAUCCUUCUAUCAGUGUAUUAUAAAUCGGUUUUACUGACUAAUUAAUUAUUAAUUGUGUAUCGGAAAGUUUAAAAGUGAUUUAUCAUCAAUUAAAAGUGGUUAAUAAGUUUUGGCUGCUCAGACAUAAAUGUAAAAAUAAUUUUUUUCGAGUACGAAAUUUUCAUGACACUGAAAAAUUCGGGAACUUAUUGGCUUCAGUUCGAUUUUCGAAAAUCGAAUUUCUAAGAGAUCUUAGCGUUUUGAGAUUCUAGGAAGCUAUCCUGACUAAUUUCACGAUGACGUCCAAGGUGUUACGAGUAGUUUCAAAAUAUUCAUUAGUGAUCAAAAUAUAAGGUCUGGAUGGACAGUUUUUGUGACUCAAAAGAUGGCAAUUUGAAAAAAAUUCAAAUUUAAAAAUCUUCAACUUCAAUGCUGUAGUUUUAGAAGUCGCCAUCGCUGUCUUACGCCUGUGCGAUUUCAAAUAAUAGCCAGGAUCCGGAGCCAGCCAUCGUUCUAAAACUGUCAUGUUCACUGCCGACAAUCAUCUCUCAAUGUAUAAAAAACGCUUUAAACAACUCAGUUCACCAACAGAAGAAAAAAUGGAGCAUUUAAAAAAUUAUAAUCCAUUAUUAAUUUUUUUUACAAUUAUACACAUUAUUACUGUCAAUGCAAAUUAUGAGUGUCAAGAUGUAGCGAGUCAAUAUAUCAAAUUUAAGGAAAAUCAUCAAUAUCAUUUUGAAGAUUGCAUGUUUGUUGAUUUACAAUUUGGAGAACACAUGGUAUCACGUAAUAUAAAAAUUACCAUUCUAACUAUUGCCGGUAAAAUACUGGAAACUUUGGAUCUUUACGAAACAAAUGGAAUACUUGCCGAUUUUUCAACGCCUGUUUAUCUCAGUCAAGUUGAUUCGGUUAAAAGUGUUAGAAGGCUUGUUAAAGUUGAUAAUUAUACUUUUAACAAAACAACUAUUAAUGAGUAUGCUCAAGAUCUUGGUUAUUUUACCUUUUACCAAGAUAGAAGUAAAAUGGCUUCUAUGAUUUAUUUUUUCAGAGAUUCAUUGGAUAUCAGUUUGGAAGGAAACGUUGGUAAUUAUGUUCUUAGAAGAUUACCCAGUAACUUUCAUAAUGGAUACUAUCAGUACAUUUAUGUACGAGUAUUAGAAAAUAAUGAAGCCACCGAAGAAUGGAAUGAUUUUGAUGUUUCUCCACAACCACCAUUCAAUUUAGGUGCUUCUGGUGUUGAGACGAUUGAGGCACGAUUAUUUGUUGCACUGGACCUACAACAUAAUUUUGAUAAGACACCAAGUGAGUUGAUGAAAAUUCUUCUUAUGUAUUUCAAUUAUAUUGAUAUGAUGAACAGCGACUUUUCAUCACCAAAAAUAGACUAUAAAAUCGUAGGAAUUAUUAUUCCACAGAUUGAAAAACCAAACCCAUACUUGGGAAGCACCAGUCCCUUUUCAAGUAAGCUACAUUUUCAGCAAACGAGUGAAUUAAUGGGAUUUAUAUAUACUCACAAAUAUUACUUUGAUGUUAAUAAUCAUGAUAUUGUAAUUCUUAUGACAGAACGUUUGAUGUACGAAUCCUCAGAAGUUCCGCCAAAAUUAGUAAAAAUGGAAACCUUAAAUAAACAUAAAAUUUGUGAUGUCAAUGAGGAUCCAUCAAUUUUUUUAUCGUACCAUGUUGAUUAUCAAGCUGCUCAUAACAUUUUAUUAUCUCAAUUAUAUUAUUUGUUCAGCUCAAACAAUGAAGAAACAAAUAAGAGAAAUGGUUGUUCCAAAUACUGGAACAGCAUUCAAGGAAAAGAUUCAAAAUUACACCGAUCAAUGCCUUCGUGUAUUAUCGACUCAUAUUCAGAUUAUUUACGGAAUGCUAACUGCUCAUAUUUCAGCAAUCAUAAAAAGUAAUAAUAUACAUCAUCUGUACACGGAAAAAAAUUCCACUAAAAUUUAUGAUGUUAACAUCAUAAUCGUGGACUAGACCUUCAUUAUCAUCAAUUUUCAAAUGUCUUAUUAUAAAAUUUGUUAUGUAGGUUACAUUUUUUACUAUUCACCAUCGUAAUUUUAGCCAAGAUUUUUUGGAUUACAAAUUAUAUGAAAAAUUACAAUGUUAACACCGUAAAAAAAAAAUAAAAUAAAAAUUACAACUCAAAAAUUAUAUCUAUUAUGUCUAUUUUUCUAUUUACUUUUGAAUACAAUAAAUGUUACAGUGCUGCCUCUGCUAUAAUGCGAUGUAAGUUCUAGAAAUUACGAGGUUACAUCGUAAUAUUUAAAUGGUAACUGCGUCCACCGUAAGAGGCGUUCUUGUGACUCAUGACUGAUUAUUUAUAUCGUUUAUAUGUACCCGAGUCGAAAAAAUAAUUUUCUCUAAUUUUUACUCCUUAAAAGCCUCAAUUCCUUUGAUGCUUAAUUUACCGCCUAGAAAGUAAUUCUACUUUAGUACUAAAAAUCCUCAAUGAGAACUAUGAAGUCUAAAUGCAUAUAAUUUAUCGAUUUUAAAUUAUAACUAUGAACUCAAAAUUCUUAACGAAUGAAAAGUUAUAUUUUGGACAUUGAAAAAUUUUAUAUAGAAAAGGGAGGGGAGAGAAUACGUCGAAUUAGACUUUUGAGGUUCCAAUACUUGUAACUACUACUUUGAAGUCCAAACUAGGAUAACUUAUCUAUACUGUUGUCAAUCUUAAAAUUCUAAAUUGAUUCUCAAAAACCUUAUUGAGAACUUUGAGCUUUCAAUCCGAAUUUGUUUUUUGACUCGGGUAUCUUAAAAACCACCUAAGCUUGUGGGCCCUUCUAUGAUCGAGUAGUCCAAGGCAUCUGUCAGUUCGCAUUGGAAAGGUCUCGUGUUCGUAUCCAACACCCAAGCGAUUAUUAUUUUAUACUUUUAUUUAAAUUUUCAAUUACAUCCAAUUCUCAAAUUUUACGAUGUUCACAUCGUAAUUUAUACUAAAGAGCAUAAGACUUUGUGUUAUUUGUGUGAAGUAUUAUUUUUUAAAUGUAAUUUUUAAUGCUACAUCGUAAAAAUUAUGAUUUUAAAGGUUUAGUCCACAGCUACAAUAAUUAAUAUGAAAAUUACGAUGAUAACAUUUUAAAUUUAUCUGGAUUUUUUUCAUAAUUGAUUUA